UGGAAAACCAAUAGUGCUGGAGAGGGAUGAUCUAUGAACAAUCUGUUCUUAAAACAUAGAUCAAAAGCAGAAAAACUCUUGAUUUCCUACUGUGAAAAACGAAGUUCACUCCUACAAAAUUUUAAAAAAUGUUUAAUAAAGACAAUAAGAGAUGUAAAAUAAAGCAAAGAGUUAGGGGCGGGUGCCUUGGCGUGCUGCCAAGAGCACACCUGGUAUCUUGGGAAUUCCCUUUUUAUCCCAUCCUGCUGUGAGGGUUUAAUGCAUAUUCAAAGCAUGUCCCCUCCCUGGUUCCACCUUAGAACAUGCUCUUGCACAGUUUUAUUUUCUGCUGGCCAGCAUUUUUUUGCUGGUCAUCAUUCUAGCUGGUCAGCAUUAUUUGAAGUUUGGUUUCCUUUCUUCUGCAAAUGGUCAGUGUUGGUAACAGUCCAAGCCCCUCAUCCUUCCUCUGAGGGCAGCUGGGCUUCAUAUCUUUCCCCCCUGCCAACAUCCUGGUACCGGCUUUUUGAUAACAGUUUGCUCUCUAUUUCCUGCUGCUGAUAAUAGCCUGUUUUCCACUGUCCUUCUGUUGGAAACAGGUUGGUCCUCCCAUUGUCUUGCCUGCUGGAGUUAUCUUGUCUUGUCCGGAUGAAACAUAUCCUUACCAUUCAGAAUUCCUAUCUAAGCCUAUAACUUGCUAAGAGAGAAAAGAAUAUAGCAAAAGCAUAUAGCAUAUAACAUUUAUCAGAAUAAUUGUGAAAAGCCAAUAUUUACAACAUCAAUUCACAACACUACCAUUCAUUCUUCUUGGUUAUUUGAAAAUAAAAAAAGAUGACGAAAUGUUUUUCUCUGUAUUUUGCACAUGAAAGGAAAAUUACUUUCAGCUGGGAAAUUUGUCGUAAAAUAUAUUUUAAGAUAAAAGAUAUAUUUGAUUUGGGGUUUUUUUGUUUGUUUUUUUUAUUUAUUUGAGUAUGCAUCAAACUGGAACGUGGCAUAUGGGUGGUAAGUGCACAGUAGGAGCUUUUAUUCCUACCAGUGGAAUGUUAACUUCAUGUUUGCUGAUUUGCUCACAUUAAGUUGGUCACAUACAGGAAAAUGUAAUUUCUGUGCUAGUUUUAUCUGUGAUGUAAUGGUGAUAUUUGAAACACCAAAGAUUGAGAGUGGUUCUAAUAAUCUUAAAAUAUCCCUAUUCGCUACAUUUUGCAAGGUGGAUAAAUGGAUUUUAUUUUGUGAGUGCUUCAUUGUACUUGAACUAUGGCAAUGUAGCUAGGAAGGCAAAGGCAUCAUUUAUAGUUCUUGCUCAAAUUAUUGUAGAAAACUGGCCGUCGGAAUGUGUUCACAGUUUUUAUUUUUUCUAAGUAAAAAUAGUAAUCUGUUUGUACUAGAAGUUUAAAUUUUUGGAAUAUGUACUGAACUGUGUGAAAUCAGAAGUUUGACUUGGUUUCUUUCGGUUUAUCAUUUUGUCUUAGGGAUGGUUUGAGAACAUUUAUAUUUUAACUGGUAAUGUUUCAUUUGUGCCAUGCAUGAAUGACUUUCCAUCACAGUAUGAAACCAGCAGGAGGGUUGAAAACCAACACCCAUGUGUAAGAUGUAUUAUUUAGCAUAUGUAAAUAUUAAAAAAGGAACUUGUCUUAUAUCAUGCUGGUUUAGAGCUGUGAAGCUAAGUCUUUGAUUCUUAUGAUACUCCUAGCAGUUCAGCCUUUCUGCUUUUGAAAUUACUGGAAUGAAAUGAUAAAUACAUUAUUUAAGACUUCAGUCAUACUAUGAAGUGUCUGGGUUUAAUCUGUGUAGAGAAACGCCUCCACUACUGCACCUUCAGAGCUCCUCCCUUAAUGCUUUUUAUACAAAUUUUGUUUCCAGGGCUGAAAAGUUUACUUUAUUAUGUGCUGUUUACUACGAUGGGGGGGAAGAAAAUACUUCUUUUUCUCCGAGAACUCGUCUGUUCUGGAGCUGUGGCGUCUGCUCUUUCAGACACAGCUGCGCCCAAGAGCUAGUCAUUGCGAAGACAAAAAAAAACCAGUGAAGCCGUGGAGUUAAGUUUUGGGCACACCUAAUUAACAGAAAUACUUAGUGGCCAUUUGGUUUCUGAUCUCCAUUCGGGUUCCUGGCCGCAUAUGCUUCUGCACGCGCACACAAUCUGCCUGCAGUUCACAACCUCGCAUGUCCGGGGGUCGGGACCGCGGCGGUCACCUUGUCGCGAUCGCCCCGGGCCCGCCCCUCACGCUGCUGUCCCAGGGUGCCGCGCGCUGGUCGCGCGCAGGCGCGACGGGCCGGGAUGGCGGUGGCAGCGGGCUUGUUGGGCCGGGCCGCGGGCCUGGGCCUGGUCACGGCCACGGCCACGGGCGGGCGGCGGCUCCUCCGGUACGGGACCGGAGCGGGGCUGUGCGAGCGGGGGACGGGGACCCUCCUCGGCGGUGCCGUUGUGUGCAAAGCCGGUGGUGCGGCGGAUCAGCGCCUUUCUCGGGGGAUCAGCUCGGAUCAGCGCCCAAAGCGGCCCCUCACCGCCUAUCUUCGUUUUGUGAUGGACAACCGUCCGGCUUUUAGGGAAAAAAACCCAGAAGCGAGCAACCUGGAACUGAUUAAAAAAAUAGCAGAUGCGUGGAAGGAGUUGCCAGCUUCACAGAAGCAGGUUUAUGAGGAAGCAAGAAAGACAGACUGGAAAAGAUACGGAGAGCAGAUGGCCGCUUAUAAAGCCCAACUGACUUCAGCCCAGGCUGCAGCUUUGAAAGAGGAAAGAAGAAAACAAUUGGAAAAGAGAAAAUCGAUGAGGGCAAAAAGAGAAUUGAAUCUGCUUGGGAAACCUAAGAGAGCUCGUAGUGGCUUUAACAUUUUCCUGUCAGAAAAUUUUCAAGAAAGUGAAGGAACUUCACCUGUGGCAAAGCUGAAGAAACUAUUUGAUACAUGGCAGAAACUGUCUACUUCCCAAAAGCAGCCAUACUUGCAGCUUGCUGAAGAUGAUAAGGUUCGGUAUGAGAAUGAAAUGAAAUCAUGGGAAGCAAAAAUGAUUGAACUGGGACGUGAAGACCUGGUGCGUUCCAAAAAGCAAAGGCUAAAAAAGAAACCUGCUGAAACUGCAAAGCAAGCUGAAACAAAAAAAAAAUCUUCCUCAGGUGGAAACAAGGCAAAAUUAAAAAAAUCUGAAGAAUAAAAAAAUCCCUUUUAGUUGUCCUAUUUCUAUCCUGCUGUGUUAAUGCUGCAGUCAGCAUUAGCACUGAAAUCUGGAAAACCCAUGAACGGCCCUUUGAAAAGGUGAUCAGGUAAGAGAGGAGUUACUGUCUCUCAGAACUGACUGAAAUAAUCACUGUGGAUAUAGCCUGAACAGUAAAACAGCAAUCAAUCAAUAAAGCUGUGAAUACUGAUAACCACUGACAUCAGCAGAGCUCUCCAGUAAUGGUACAUAAUAUCCAACUUUUAUAAGUUUGGUUUUUUUUUUAAUGAAAAGAAUAAAAAAGAUUCUUUCUUUAUGAAAGAAUAUUCUGCACAGUUACCAUCUAAAUUCUGUAAAUGAGCUGAAAUCUGAGUUAACACUGCUGUGUUUUAUUCCCUCCUUGUUACUGCUAGUGAGAUGUUCUACAUUUCAACAAUAGGCCCAAGAAAUGUAAAAUGCUAGCUUUUAUUUUAUGCAUUUGUCUUUGUAUCUGUUAAUCUGUGUAUGCCAUUUAUAUUGCAUUUAAAAACCAUAUGAGUUUUGUAUGAACAUACCUUUAUUGGGCUUUUAUUUCCUGGUUUUGUUUGGAUCCAUACAAACGUUUUUGUCUUGCUGUUGUCACAUUGGGAUGACCUAGAAGAAAAAAUGAAAAUGUGAACUGUUUGGACUUUUGAGUUUUGGUGUAAUAAAUACACGUACUUUAGAGGUG